CACAGAGGUGAGAGCGCAGAUGUCAUGAGAAACGCGACCACACGGCCAGAGCGCACAGACCGACGCACCGUCCGACCUCAGCCCGCCUCCACGCGCCCCGCUCUGGGAUGCUUUUAGCGCACAGUCGCCUCCGCUCAGGGCAGCCAGUGGACGUCGACGCAGAUCAUCCGCACUCUUUUCGUUGUUGUUGUUAUUUUUAACCGAGGAUCUUUCCCCCAAUUUGCAUCCCCCACCCCCGUUAUUAGUGUUUAUGUUUGUUUCUUCAUGACUGCUGCUUUGGGAAGCAAGCCUCAGCACCAGCUCCAGCAACGCCAACACCAUGCGAGCCCAAAUAGAAGUAAUACCUUGUAAAAUCUGCGGAGACAAAUCAUCAGGUAUCCACUAUGGAGUCAUUACAUGUGAGGGAUGUAAGGGUUUCUUCAGGCGAAGUCAGCAGAACAAUGCAUCGUACUCCUGCCCACGUCAGAGGAAUUGCCUCAUCGACAGAACAAAUCGCAACCGCUGCCAACACUGCCGCCUACAGAAAUGUCUUGCCCUAGGAAUGUCCCGAGAUGCGGUUAAGUUUGGCCGCAUGUCCAAAAAGCAACGUGACAGCCUGUACGCAGAGGUCCAGAAGCACCAGGCACGGUUGCAGGAGCAGCGACAGCAGCAAACAGGCGAAGCAGAAGCCUUGGCACGUGUUUACUCAUCCAGCCUAACCAAUGGACUGUCCACCCUUAACCACGAGAUUGGGGGCACCUAUGCCAAUGGUCACGUCAUUGAACUGCCCAAGGGUGGACAUGGUAAUGGUGUAGUCCCAGGCGGAUACUAUGGGAUGGAUUCCACCCAGCCGUCUCCUGAUCAGUCGGGUUUGGACAUGUCAGGCAUGAAGCACAUUAAGCAGGAGCCAGUGUAUGACCUGACACCAGUACCCAACCUGUUCAGCUAUGGAGGCUACCAGGAUACUCAGCUGGGACCCAACAACGUCAGCAUGGGAGAACUCGACCGUAUUGCUCAGAAUAUCAUCAAAUCCCACUUGGAGACGUGUCAGUACACAACAGAUGAGCUGCAGCAGCUGGCCUGGCAAACGCACUCCUAUGAAGAGGUCAAGAUGUACCAGAGCAAGCCCCGGGAUGUACUGUGGCAGCAGUGUGCCAUCCAGAUCACCCAUGCAAUCCAGUACGUGGUGGAGUUUGCCAAGCGCAUCUCAGGGUUCAUGGAGCUGUGCCAGAAUGACCAGAUCCUACUGCUCAAGUCUGGUUGUUUGGAGGUAGUCCUAGUUCGGAUGUGCAGGGCAUUCAACCCUCUCAACAACACUGUUCUCUUUGAAGGGAAGUACGGGGGCAUGCAGAUGUUCAAAGCUUUGGGUUGUGAUGACUUAGUGAGUGCGGUGUUUGACUUUGCCAAGAGUUUGUGUUCCCUGCAGCUGACAGAGGAGGAGAUUGCUCUGUUCUCAGCUGCUGUACUAAUUUCCACAGAUCGGCCGUGGCUGAUGGAGCCUCGAAAAGUCCAAAAACUCCAGGAAAAGAUCUACUUUGCUCUACAGCAUAUUAUGCAGAAGAACCACAUGGAUGAAGAUGCAUUAGCCAAGCUGAUUAGCCGAAUCCCAACGUUGUCAGCAUUGUGCACGCUCCACACUGAGGAGCUCCAGGCGUUCCAGCAGCUCCACCCAGAAACAGUCAACGUCCUGUUCCCUCCGCUCUACAAAGAACUUUUCAACCCAGACCCCAACUCUGCCAUGACAAUGCCCAAGUGACUGCCGG